CAUGCAGCUCUCGGGUAGACAGGGCCAGGGGGCUUCCUAUUCCAUUGUUCUUCGUUAAGAUCCACCAACACACCCCACCAUUUGGCGGUUAAAUCGAGCUGAUCCAUAAUUAACAAUGGCGGCCCUGACGCAAAGCGCCAUUGACGUGGUGCUGGGCCAGCUGUCGAAGGUGGUCAAGGACGAGGUGCAGCUGAUCGGCGGCGUGCACAGAGAUAUGAAGUUCAUCAAGGACGAGAUGGACAGCAUGAACGGCUUCCUGACGCACCUGAACAAGAUGGAGAGCGAGCACGACGACCAGGUGCGCGCCUGGAUGAAGCAGGUGCGAGAGACCGCCUACGUCGCCGAGGACUGCGUGGAGCGCUACGUGCGCGACAUGGAACGCUUGGGCGUCAGCCAGGGCGGGUGCGCGGCCUACGCGGCCAUGGCGCUCCUCGCCCUCAGUAAACCCAAGACGUUCUGGGAGCUCCACCAGCUCGGCAAGCAGAUCACCGAGCUCCGGACCCGCGUGCACGAGGUCGGCGAGAGGCGGGUGCGCUACGACGUCAAAGUCCCGGACAAGCGUAACCGCAGGCUGGUGCGGAACGAGGCGGCGUCUGGCCAGGACGAGGAGAGGAGGGAGUGCUUCGUGCGCAGUCUGGAAGAGGAGCUGCAGCAGGAAGACAAGAAGAGGGCGAGGGACCAGGGCCCCGACCCGCUUGGUCGUCCAUCACUUGUUCUCCGCGCGCACGCCAAGAUGGGUGGCCUGCUUGCUCUGCCACUGCGACUCGGCGGCGGCGGUGGCGACACCAUUGCCCAGCUUCCUGGUCUCGUAUCAUCUGAAUCUGCCAGAGUACGUCGCAUUCUCAAGAGAUGCUGUCCUCCUCGUCCGGACCACCCCAGACCCACCCUCACCGAUGCUGAAGCAGAGAAGUUCAGAUGCACCAAGAAGAUGUUUGUGUGUGCUCUGUACGUGUACCCUUACCUGACCAACGCAGAGCUGAAGCAGCUCAAGGUGGGAGUGGAGGCACCCGGAGUAGAAGCACAGGAGGCCAGGAACCAGGUGAUGGUCUUCUGCUACAGUAUGCUGUCCACACAGCAGAAGAGCUGCCUGCAGUACCUGACCGCGUUCAAGCACGAGACGGAGAUCAGCAGAACGAGCAUGGUGAGGCGAUGGGUCGCCGAAGGGCUUGUGGGCAAAGAGCCAGGAGAGGGGUCCACGGCCACUCUACAAGAAGCAGGCGAGCGCUGCUUCCGCGAGCUUCGGCUCCGAGGCUUCAUUCGCCCCGCUCGCUGGGGCGAUAACGGCACCGUCAAGAGCUGUGUCAUGGAUGGCCCAGUCCAAGACUUCGUCGACGGCAUCACCAGGAGCGAGAACUUCCUUUCCGACCUGCCGGCACACCUGCAGCGCCAGCUCGAGAUCCGAAGCAUAGUUCGAUACGGUCGUCCCUCCAUGUCGGCGCCGGCGGCGGCGCCGGCGCCGUUGAGGAGCGUGCUGCUCAGCUCCUGCUGUGGCGGUGGCGUCACCAGGACCAGCAGGUACGACGAUGAGCAGGAUUACGCGGCGUCGACCGCCACCCUCCUCAAGCAUCGCAUGGACGCGCUGGUGGAUUUCGUCAAAGAACUCCCUAAGCUAUACCGGCUGAAUGUGCUGGACCUGGGAGGCUGCAAGGGCCUCAGGCGCCGCCACCUCGUGGCCUUCACCGAGCUGGAAUGCCUCAGGUACCUGAGCCUUCGGGACACAGACGUCCCCGGACUGGUUCCCGACCGCCAUAUGAACAGGUUCGAGCAGCUGGAGACCCUGGACAUCCGGGGAACACGCAUACCGCCUCGCGACACCAAGAGGAUCUACCUGCCCAAGCUCAAGCACCUGCUCGCCGGCCGCUUCACCAUGGCCUCGGCCGAGAAGGAGAUGCUCGUCACCGUGGACGUGCCCGACAGGAUCGGUUCCAUGAGGGGCAUGGAGACACUAUCCCGCGUCCGGGUGUCCGUGGACGGAGCCGAGCUGGAAAGAGUCGCCAAGCUGCGGCAGCUGCGGAAGCUCGGCGUGGUCGUCCAUGCCAACACUGCCACUGCUGCAGUUUUGGGUCGAGUGCUGUACAUGCUAGCUGGAAGCCUGCGCUCCCUGUCGGUUUGGGUCGUCGACGCCAACGCCGACGCCGUCGCCCGCACUCGCACUCGCACUCGCAUCGCCGCCACCAGCACCCAGCAAGGAUCGGGCGGCGAAGGCAUCCUCCACAUUUCCUCCUUGCACGAGAUCGCCCGCAGCUUGGCCCUCGAGAACCUGCACAUCAAGGGAAAGGUGAGCCUCCCUUCGUGGAUCGGAACGGCUCCGAAGCUCACCAACGUCACCCUAAGCGACACCGAGAUGGACGGAGGAGAUGCUCUGAGGAGGCUCGCCACCGUCGUGAACCUGUGCUGCCUCAAGCUCAGCCGCAACGCGUUCACCGAGCAGGCGCUCCACUUCAAGGACGUCCAGUUCCAAGCUCUCAGGUUCCUCGUCGUCGAGGGCGACGCCUUCACCAGACUCGCCUUCUCCGCCGGCGAUGCAGCUCCGAAGCUCGAGAGGAUUGUCUGGUCCAUAGGAGGAACACGAGCGGCGCAGAAGAACGAGGAGCUCAUCGUCGGAAUCCAACACCUUCCCAGCCUGAAGAGGAUUGAGCUGAGGGCCAGCUUCAGGGAGCACAAUCUUUUGGAAUGGAUGCGGCAGCAGCGGCAAACAACCACUUCAUCGGCAGCGAAGUAUCGCAUCUACUACGUAUCCUCCUCAACCGAUAGACGAAAUCAAACAAUCGCUGAGGUCCCAAAAGCUGCUACUGAUACUACCUUGACACUUCCGGCUGCUGUUAUCCAUCAACUAACUUAACCAACAGUAAAACCUACGUAUAUAUGACCAACCUAUGUGUAUAUGUAUAUAUGUGUAUAUAUAUAUAUAUGUAUAUUGUAUUUA